AUGAAUUGCAUUCCCAGUCCAAUCACAGAAAGAAAAAUCCAAGUUAACGAUGAGAAUCAUACAGGCAAGGAAAAUGUUCCUCAGACAGUCUCAAGAGAAAGUUCAAUAAACCUGACACCAAAUUCUACAAAUGAAAAGAAAAUUCUAUCCGAGGUGAACAGCAAUAAAAUCGAUGCUUUACAACUUCCUCAAAGUAAGAUACGAAGAAAUUCUACUCAUAUCGAAAAAACUAGGAAAAGACAGUUUUCAGAUGAUUCCACAGAUUUGAAGACUGUAAAAAAACCAAAACUCGAUCACUGGAAAAAUCUAGAUUCAUCAGAGGUAAAUGAUCCAUUCAUGGUAGCAGAAUAUACAGAUUCUAUAUUUUCUCACCUUUACGAAAAAGAAACUCUUAUGCUUCCGACGCAUAACUACUUAAUGGAUACUGAGUCUCCAUACCAUUUGAAGAGUUCCAUGAGGGCUUUAUUAAUCGAUUGGCUAAUUGAGGUCCAUGAAAAAUUUCAAUGCUUACCUGAAACAUUGUUUCUGGCAAUUAACCUAUUGGAUCGUUUUCUAUCUCAAAACGUUGUUAAACUGAACAAGUUACAAUUAUUGUGCAUCACUUGUUUAUUUAUUGCCUGCAAAUUUGAGGAAGUUAAACUACCAAAACUGGCAAACUUCGCAUACAUUACUGACGGUGCCGCCACCGUUGAAGAUAUCAAAAAGGCUGAAGUAUUUACCUUGACUUCAUUAGCUUACAAUAUAUCUCUACCAAAUCCUUUGAAUUUCAUAAGAAGAAUUUCGAAGGCCGAUAGUUAUGACAUUGAGACAAGAAACAUGGCCAAAUUCAUCAUGGAAUAUUCCAUAUGCUGCAAUAAAUUCAUUCAUUUGAAACCAUCAUACUUAGCCGCCAUGUCAAUGUAUAUCGCUAAGAAAAUUAAAGACGAAUCCUCCCAAUGGGAUCAAACUUUCAUCCAUUACAGCGGUGGUGUCGAUGCUGAAUCAGAUUCAGCAUUCAAACAUUUUGUCAAUGAAUUAAUCGGGGAUAUCGCCGUACCCGAAACGAAUCUAGACUCUCUAAGACUCAAAUUCAAAAAACCAAAACACGGCAUGGUUUAUUUCAAAGUUUUUGAUUGGUGUAAACAAAAGACAUUAAAACAUUAA